GCUGCCGCCGGAAGUGACGUCUGCCGGCCGGUUUCCGCCGCGUGGCUGCGCCGGACCGAGGUUUUGGGCCCUUUUUCCUCAGACCGGGAUCGAUUCCGAGGCCAUGACCUGCCUCGUGCGGACGGAGCCGCUGCCGGGGACCCCCCCGCUGCUGAUCCCCGGGGACCCCUACUCCGUCUGCGUCCUGCUGCGGGGCUACGCCGAGCCCGAGGGGGACCGGGGGGCCGUGAGGGCGGACGGCUCCGUCACCCUGAUCGUGCCCACGCCGGGCCCGGGGGGCCGGGACCCCGCCGCCUCGGGCCCCGGCUCCCCCCGGGGCGCCGAGGCCCGGGCGGCCCUGGAGCGGGCGGCGGCCGGCCCCGUCCUGGUGGACACGGCGGGGCCCUGGUCCCGCGGGGCCCUGCUGGAGGCCCUGUCCGGCCAGGGCCUGGCCCCGGGGGACGUGGGGCUGGUGGUGGCCACGCACGGCCACUCGGACCACGUGGGCAACCUGGGCCUGUUCCCCGACGCCUGCCUCCUGGUCUCCCGCGACCUGUGCCUGCCGGGCGGCACCUACCUGCCCCACGGGCUGGCGGAAGGGCGGCCCCUGCGGCUGGGCCCGGGGCUGGAGGUGUGGGCCACGCCCGGGCACGGGGGCGCGGGGGACGUCAGCGUGGCCGUGGCCGGCACGGCCCUGGGCACGGUGCUGGUGGCCGGCGACGUCUUCGAGCGCGAGGGGGACGGGGACGGCUGGCGGGAGCUGAGCGAGGACCCCGCCGCGCAGGAGCGGAGCCGGCGCAGGGUGCUGGCCGCGGCCGACGUCGUGGUGCCCGGACACGGCGGGCCCUUCCGGGUCGUCCGCGGGGACGGGCCCGGGGACGACCGGGGGGCCGGCGCCAACCCGCCCGAGACCUGAAUGGACCGUACGCCGACCGUCCGGCCCGGCUCUGCCAGGGAGGGAAGCUGGGGCCGGGGGUCAGAGCGGCAGUCGCUCCUCUACGGGCAUCGAGCGCUUACUCUGUUCUAAGCGCUGGGGUGGAUACAGUCCC